AUGUCAUCACCAACCCCUUUUAAAAUUUCCAUCCCAGACUCUCGUCUCGAGAGACUCAAUCAAAAUCUAGCUCUCACAGAUUUCCCACCCACCACUACCACCUCCGCCACAGAUGUAAAUAAACCUGCCUAUCUCCCCUGAAUUUAGUUCCCUGAUCAACUCAAGAUAUCCCAUCUCGCACCCAUACCACUACUCCCUUCAAACAAAGAGUUCCUCCUAACCCAUCUUCUAGUGGUCCCGCGGCGUCCCCAUCCCCGAACUAAAACGUCUUAUCGCCUACUGGCAAACCACCUACUCCUGGCGCGCCGCAGAAGAAUCUCUGAAUCGAAUUCCCCAAUUCACCACACCUAUCAUCGUGGACGGCUUUGGAGAAUACAACAUCCAUUUUGUCCAUCAGAGGAGCAAGGUAGACCAUAAUGCCAUUCCACUAUUGUUUCUCCACGGAUGGCCGGGGAGUUUUCUUGAGGUGACGAAAAUGUUGGGGCCUUUAGUUAAUGGUGCUUUAGGAGAGAGGGAAGGGCAGGGGAAGGGAGAGGAGGUGUAUUUUCAUGUUGUUGCCCCGAGUUUGGUGGAUUUUGGGUUCUCGGAUGGGAGUGGGAAGGUAUGUUGAAAGCGAAAUUGGAAUGCGUGUGAGAUAAGGGAACAUAGGGAGCUGAUAGUGGAACGUUUAGGAAGGAUUCAAUAUCGAUCAGCAUGCGGAGGUAUAUCAUAAGUUGAUGCUUUCCCUUGGAUACUGUCAAUACGGCACGUUUUCGCCUCGCCCCUGCCUCCAUCCAUCUCUAGCGUUCAGUCUCCUUACUUUCUUUGGAAGCGUAUCGUGAAGAGUUCUACUACAAAGCUUACACCACCCAGCAAUACAAGGAGGCGACCUAGGCUACCUAAUCUCCCGCACGAUAGCCAAAACUCACCCCUUCCACAUCAUCGCCUACCACCUCAACAACUGCGCUCCCGCCCCUCCCAAAUCAACAACCCCCCUCCCCCUCUCCGACACCACCGCCCUCCAAAAAGCCCAAACCUUCCUCACAGAAGGAGCAGGCUACAUGCGCCUCCUCUCCACCUCACCACUCUCCCUCUCCCCCUCGCUAACCGACUCCCCGGUAGGUCUCCUAGCAUUCAUCUACACCAAACUCCACGACUGGUCUGACCUCUCCGUCUGCACAUCAGCCUUCACCGACGACGAGAUCCUCACUUGGGUAUGUAUCUACUACUUCUCGACCGCGGGGCCGGGUGCNCAAACUCCACGACUGGUCUGACCUCUCCGUCUGCACAUCAGCCUUCACCGACGACGAGAUCCUCACUUGGGUAUGUAUCUACUACUUCUCGACCGCGGGGCCGGGUGCACCGGGGAAUUUGUAUUAUGAGAUUGAACAUAGGAAGCCAGGGGGAUUUGAGGCGGUACAGGGGUAUAUCGAUGUGCCCGUGGGUAUUGCGAGGUUUGAGGGGGAUGUGAUGCUUUUUCCGCGGGUGUGGAAUAAGGGGUUGGGGAAUGUGGUGUGGGAGAGUGUGAAUGAGAGGGGGGGACAUUUUGCGGGGUGGGAAAAGGGGCAUGUUGUUGUGAGGGAUUUGAGGGGGAUGUUUGCGGUUGGGGGACCGGUUUGGGGGUUUGUUGAGAGGAAGUAA